CGUGAGUCGUGACAAAAGAGUUUGUUUCUUGUUUUGCCUCGUUAAACUUUAACUCUCUCCCCCCUUUCCUAAACCAGGUCCAGUAGCAGUAACUUGCAAAGAAACCAUACAUGGCGGCGGCUUCACUCUCAGCCACUGUUCCAUUUCAGAACCCAUUUUCAACAAACCGCAGCCGCAUUGGUAGUAACAAUAUUGGGUCUAAACCCAAUUUCAAAGCUAAGGAAUUAGCUCUUGAACUCUCAAGCUCAAAGGCCUUGCAUGUACCCUCUGCCACAACUGACAAAGCCAAUGCGUUGCCUCUCAUAGACACUGUAUCUCCUCCCACUGCUUCCAAGGACAGGGUUAAACGCCACACAAUUUCAGUGUUCGUUGGGGAUGAGAGUGGGAUCAUUAACAGAAUAGCAGGGGUGUUUGCGAGGAGAGGUUACAAUAUUGAGUCCCUUGCUGUUGGUCUCAACAAGGACAAGGCUCUUUUUACCAUUGUUGUAUCUGGGACUGAAAGGAUUUUGCGACAAGUCGUUGAACAAUUAAACAAGCUUGUUAAUGUCAUCAAGGUCGACGACAUCUCGAUGGAACCACAUGUAGAACGUGAAUUAAUGCUUAUAAAACUCAACACUAAUCCAACCACUCGUGCUGAGAUCAUGUGGCUAGUAGACAUUUUCAGAGCAAGGAUUGUGGAUACUUCAGAACACUUUUUGACUGUUGAGGUUACUGGAGACCCAGGAAAGAUGGCAGCCGUUCAAAGAAACUUGAGCAAGUUUGGGAUAAAAGAACUUGCGAGGACUGGGAAGAUUGCUCUAAGGCGUGAGAAGAUGGGGGAAACUGCUCCUUUUUGGGGAUUUUCUGCUGCCUCUUAUUCUGAUCUUGAAGGUAGAUCAACCAAUGGUGUGGUUAUAAGGGAUGCAAAACGACUAGUUAAUGGUGAUAUCAAUACAUACUCAAAGGGUGAUGUAUAUCCUGUGGAACCUUUUGACGGCUUCCCUGUAAAUCAAGUUCUCGAUGCUCAUUGGGGGGUUCUCUAUGACGAAGAUUCAUGUGGGCUUCGGUCACAUACUUUAGCUAUGGUUGUGAAUGACUCUCCUGGUGUUCUAAAUGUGGUUACUGGGGUUAUUUCCCGAAGAGGCUAUAAUAUUCAGAGUCUAGCUGUGGGACCUGCUGAGAAAGAUGGACUUUCUCGCAUUACAACCGUUAUUCCUGGAACGGAUGAGACACUUGCAAAAUUGUUUCAGCAGCUUCGAAAGUUAGUAGAUCUUUACGAGGUGCAGGAUAUGACUCACUCACCAUUUGCAGAGCGAGAGCUAAUGUUGAUAAAAGUUGCUGUGAGCCCUGCUGCUCGAAGGGACAUCCUUGACAUUGCUAACAUAUUCCGAGCUAAAGCUGUUGACGUGUGUGAUCACACUAUUACUCUCGAGCUGACCGGUGAUUUAAACAAGAUGGUUGCUCUUCAGAAAUUAUUAGAGCCCUAUGGAAUUUGUGAGGUGGCUCGGACCGGAAGAGUGGCACUGGUGCGGGAGUCGGGUGUGGAUUCGACGUAUCUCCGUGGAUAUCCUCUUCCUUUCUAGUUUCCUUUUCUUAUUUAGCUCUACUGAUCCUAGCAAACGCAAGUCUAGUGUAUCUCUCUGUCUGUGUUUACCCUUGGGAUUUUGAUGCAAAUUGAUGGUUGUUGGUCA